AUGUCAUCCAAAUCUAGAUCUGUGAUUCCACCUAUAAACUGUAUUUUCAAUCAUCUUCAGCAACAGACUAUUGUGACAUUUUGGCUGUUUGAACAGAUUGGUAUAAGGAUAAGAGGUAAAAUAAGCGGAUUCGACGAGUUCAUGAACGUUGUGAUUGAUGAAGCACUAGAAAUACCCGUAGAUUACAAAACAGGUACAGAAAAUAUUGAAAACGCUAGAAGCUUGGGUAGAAUUCUUCUAAAGGGGGAUAAUAUAACGCUGAUAACAACUGUAGAUGAAUGA